AUGAGGUACACGUUCAAAUCAGACAACUGCAUGGUCAUCACCAUCCCCCUCACCAGCAUCAGAAAUGCUCAGGAGGGCCAGAUCAUGCCUGAGAAGUUCACCUGCAAGUUCAGGGACGUCUACAAGGUGUUCCUCAGAGGACGGCCCAAAGCGAUUGGGGUGGCUCAGAUCAUCACUGCAGUUUUCAUCAUUUGUCUCGGAGGCAUUUUAAUCAACAGUAAUUCUGAAUUUUCAGUGUACUUCAUCCCUAGUCUGAUGUUUAUACCAUGUGGGAUUCUGACGUUUGCAGCUGGACACACACCGAUAAUGUGUCUGAUGAAGAUGUCGUACGUCUUAAACAUCAUCGGCGUUUUUACAGCAAUUCUUGGUCCUGGGAUCUGUUUGUUUCCUGGUGGUCCUUUUGAAUCGACUGGCCUUUCUUUAGGACUGCAGAUUGUAAUCAUGAUACUGUACGUGCUGGAAUUCCUCCUCAGCGUGAUCAUGAUCUACUGGGAGAGUAAAGCUGUGUGUCGAACCCAUUUUAACAGCCUGCCCAUGGUCACUCUGAAGCAGGACAUGUGAGCUGUAGAGGAAGUUCACAUGGCAGACU